AUUUGGGAAGGCGCAGCAACGGCUCGUAAAACCCUACGUGGAAAUAAAAAAAACCCCAGCAAAACCGCGGAAACAAAGCGGAGGCACCCGCGCAGCCGUCACCUCGAAAUACAGCCGAAAGAGGGGAAGACGAGGAGUCGAGCCCCGGUGCAGGCGGAGGAACUGGGUGUUCGGAAGAUGUUGCAACCCAUUGACUGGAGCGUUUGAAAGGGAGAUCGACUGCUUCGGCUUUUAUUUCCACCACCCCCCUCGCCCCCCCUACCUCUGGCGAGGGGUAGGGAUGUGUGUGAUCAGGGAGUGGAAACAAAUAUGUCCUUAUUUUCAAUGCCCCCUUUGAAAGAGACAAAGUAAAUGCUCCUUGCAAAAUGUUCCUGACCUGCGAAGGGACCUUCGGAAUUGUUCCAGCCACCAUGGAUUACAAUGGGGAAGCCAGGCCGGGGGAUUUUCAUGCCGGCUAUCAAGAAAUCGAAGGGAUAAACUUGGGAUACUUACAGAUCAAUGGCACCCAGAUGUUUGCUUUGGCCCAGGUCCUCAGCGACCUGUUUAAGGAUAUCCCCAGGACCACCAUCAGCAAGAAGAUGGAAACCUUAAAGAUCAAGAGCCGACGCUGCGAUCUCAAGGAGCUCCGGACCCUCAAAGCCAUCAACUCCGUGCCCACCCGCGCCGUGAAAUGCUCGCUCAUCUCCAAGGCGGACCUGGAGGCUCUCUGCACCUCCUGCAAGAGCCUCGGCCCGCGGAGGAGGAAGAGGAAAAGGAAGAGCAAGAGGAGGGAGCAGCUGCUGCUGCCGGCCCCGGGGGGGCUCUUCCCCUGCCCCCGGCCCCCGCUGCUGCCGCCCUGCAGAGCCGGGGGCUGCUGCGCCCUUUCGGCCCCAGCCCCGCUGCUGCCGCAGCCCUUCCACCGGACCCUCCCCGCCGGCGAGGAGCCCCCCCGGGGCCGCCGGAGCUGCGGGCUGGCGGGCCGGGCCGGGGGGCUCUUUGCCGGGGUCCUGCCCAGCUGCCCCCGAGCCCUGGCGCGGCUUCCCCCCACCUCUGCGCCCCCCCCUGCGCCCCCCGCCCAGCGCAAGCGGGGACCCUGCUGCGCAGAGCGGCUCUUCCCGGCUGGUGGGGGUCCCGCAGCCCCCGGGAAAGGCCGUUCCGCCGCUUUCCCCGGUUCCAAGCGGCAGGGAACCUCCGCCGGUUACUCCAGCGACUCAGAUUCCAGCCUGGACUUCGGCGGGUCCAGCCCCGCCACCUCCAGCGACUCGUCGGAAGAGGAGGAGGAGGAGGAGGAAGAAGAGGAGGAGGAGGAGGAAGGGGACAGCUCGUGCAGCAGCGAGGAAGGCAGCUCCUCGGAGUCGGAGAGCAGCUCGCUGUGCAGCGGGGACUCGGUGCAGAGCACCCGGUACAGGCAGGCGGCUCUGCCGCGCUUCCCAACGCAGCCCCCCCGGGAGCCCUUGGGCGAGGAGCGCCCCGUGGAGCCCCCUCUCCCCGGAGCGGGCAAAGCGCUGCGGCCUGACCCCGGCCUCCUCUUCCUCUCGCAGCAGCUCUGGGCCAGGACUUUGCGAGCAUCAACUUUGGAAAGUUUAAGCCCGGCUGCAGCCCUGGGCUCGGGGGCCCAGCCGGAGCUGUACGCAAAGCAGGAGGCCUCCCCUUCCUCCUCCUCCUUCUCUUCCAUCUCCUCCUCCUCCUCCUCCCCCCCUCCCUCCCCGAGCAGCACCCCUGGGGGGGAUCCGCAACAAAAGGAGGGAGGCUUUGGGGAUGCGGAGCCCUGCGCCAAAGGGGAGGAUUUGCACAAAGAUGCCUCGAACAAUGGAGCCUCGUUAGGCCCCGGUGAGCAGGCGGAGCGGCCAAGCGGAGCUUUACCCGGGAGAGAGCCUGCCCCGGAGCCGGCCCCGGCCUCGGUACCGGAGCUGGCGGGGGGGUCCGCCCCGGUGCCCCCCGGGGAUGGGGGGGAGCCCCGUCGGGAGCACUUCGACCGGCUGAUCCGGCAGUCCAAGCUGUGGUGUUACGCCAAAGGCUUCAACCUGGACGGGAAAAGUUUGCGGCAGGGCGGGAGGCCGGAGCCCGGCAGAGCUGCAGAGCUCCCCCCCACCGGCUGCAAACGGCCCGGGAGCCCCGGCGCCCCGGGGAACCGGGUUGCGAGGGGCAGCGGAGCGGAGGGGAGCGGCAAACGCAGCCGCCCUGCCCGAGGCACCGGCGGGGAGAGGCAACGGGGCUCCGCCAAGGGGGGGGCACGGAAGGCUCCGCGGAGGAACUCCAGGAAGGGAAACGCUCCUUGCAAACGCCUCGGCAACGCCGGGCCGGCCCCGCCUCGGAAUUCCUUCAGCCUCAUGGGCAACUUCCCUUGUAUUCCCUCCUUGGUCGUGGGGGAAGAUGGGGACUUGUGUCCUGCCUCUUCCCUGGGGGGCAAAAACUCUUGGGCUCUCUCCAAAACUCACCCGCUGUGGAGCUGGCACUUGGGGGGCAACGCCAUUCCCGUGCCCCCCAGCCUCAAGUUCCGGGGCUGUAGCUUGGAGGAUCUCUAAGGACAGCGCCCGGCCCGGAGGAAAGGUUAACGGGCAAGAGAGGAAAGCGGUG